GUAGGUGUGGUCAUCUGAAGUGAAAAGUUACCCAGAUUAGAGAAGAGACUCGGUUGGUCUUUCCUUUGGCAUAGGAACCCGUCACAGUCUGGCAGCGAACUCUCUGUUACUCAAAAUGAGCGGCUGCUGCUCUUCUUGGCAAUGCGAGUCUUGUGGGCGCGAGCUCUUGCAUUGGAAUAAGAAGAACUGCUCUGCCUGUGAAGGAGUGUUUUGUUUGAGGUGUAUCCAGGGGGUGGAUCCUAAACAAUGCGCCAAGUGCACGAUAUUCAACUCUUCCUUCAUACAGCGACAGCAACUAGAAAACCUCUCAGUAAAUGACUUAAAAUUUUAUUUCGAAGAUAAUCAGCUACCGAUACCAAGUGUAAGGAGUAAAGAACUUCUCAUCGAGGAACUAUUGAUUAAUCAAGCAAAGGUGCUUUCGCAAAGGGCACUAGAAUCACAGGAAAUCCUUCAAGAUCCUUCUGUACUUGGAGAACUUUAUUUUCUACCCAGCAGAAGAGCAAACCCUUCCGCUAGUUCUAGUCUUCCUCACGUCAGCAGUGAAGUAGGAAACCCAAACAAAACAGUCCAAGAACCAAGUCCAAAGGAAGCAAAACCAAGUUUUGUUCCUGGUCUAGUAACAAAUAUCACCGACCUCACAUCUCCCGACCAGAUUGACUUGCUCCCCGUUAAGAUCCUCAAAAUAAUCCUACAAAGAAACUGCAUAAACUAUAAAGGCUGUGUAGAGAAAGAGGAGCUUAAAGAUAGAGUCAAAAGGCUCUGGAAAGCAAGAGAGAAAGCAAAAGCUCUUGAAGACAAAAUUGCUGGAGAUUUAGAUGCAGAAAAUGAGUUUUUGUGCAAGAUAUGUAUGGAUGAACCUGUUGACUGUGUACUACUUGAGUGUGGGCACAUGCUAAGUUGUGUCAAGUGUGGUAGAAAACUAUCAGAAUGUCCUGUUUGUCGUCAGUUUGUGUCUCGGGUUGUGCAUGCUUUCAAAGUAUAAGUGAUUAUUAUAUGGAAAACAAUGUAAUAAUUGAUGUGUUCUUUAAUUAUAUAUUAAUCAAUAUAAAUUCAUUAAAUUUAUGUUUUAAAGCUGACAAUGUAUAUUGACCAUUAGAUUACUUAUUAUAUAAUAAAGACAUAAUGAUUAUUAUUA